GCAAAAGUUUUUAUUUUUCAAAAAUCGUCUUCUUCAUUGAAUGAUCAAACGCUUUUGGAAGUCCCGAGCUAGCUUAUCGGCACCAUGGCCAGUGUUAUCGCUGAUACUAUCCGCUCCAAACUUGAAGCAGGAUUGUCUCCAACUCAUCUCGAUAUCAAGGACACCAGUGGUGGAUGUGGCUCUGCUUUUGAAGUUGUAGUUGUCUCUGCACAAUUCGCUGGGCUGAACACCCUCAAGCGACACAGAUUGGUGAAUAGCUUGCUGUCGGCCGAAUUAGAAACCGUUCAUGCUUUCUCCCAGUCAACCUACACUCCAGAGCAAUGGGCGGAGAAGCAGGCCAGCUGAUCUUGCAAGUAGAAAGAACAGGAAACUCGUGAGGAGAGGUUAGCAGGGGACUCGGGGACUUCGACAAGAGUGCACCUUGCUACAAGGAUGGCUGGAGAUAGACAACAGCGCUGUGACUUUUGUUCUCUUCUUUCAGAUGUGAGCUGCACUUUCUUUGCUUGAGCUCCGCAUGGCUGUAUUGUUAACCUCUGCGUAGAGCAUGUUCAGGCCUGCAUGCACGUGUUCAGACUCCUGUGUUCUCUGGCGUGUGCCCACUUGCUAUUCAUGACUGAACAACUCAAGGAAUCUGCUGGUGCAUACUGAUUGCAGAGAGGGCCAGUGUUCUUCGGCUGGGGAGUGCAUCAGGCUAUGUGCCGCUGCAGCCACGCAUGCAUGCCACAGUGUGCCGGUAGUCCUGUUGGUGCACAUUGUGCAUUGCGCCUGUCCUGGUGUCGACUGGACUGUCGAGACUGCAAUGUACCUAUCCUUCUGCUGCUCUGAGCGUUUCUCUGCGUCCGCCUUCCGUUUACGACUGCGCCUAUACUGAUUUUUUAUUUUCUAUUCAGCCGAGUGAGCUCUCAACCAUGACAUUGCAUCCUUCAAUUUCAGAAUGAUAAUCAUGUUAUUGGUCUCUCUAUGCUCUUCUUCUGCUUUACCUUCUCCUGCGCACUCCCUGCUUAUAGUACCCAAGACCGUAUGCAUACUCGAUGAUCGAACUACAUGCAAAUACUUGAUCUGAGUGGACAAGCAUGCACAUGCAAAGUGCUCACGUGAA